AUGAUGCCAAUCAGAGAUAAUCAGGAUGUGGCGUGUUUUUUCGUUACCAAACACUCCUGGAAGGGAAAGUACAAUCGGAUAUUUUCCAUUGGAACCAUGGGAAUCACCACAUAUAACCCAUCAAGCCUGGAAGUAACAAAUCGUUGGGCUUAUAAUGAUUUUAUUGCAGUUACUCCGGUUAGAACUGGAAAUGCCCCCAAUGAGUUUCAAAUUACGAUGAAAAAAGACAGAAAAAUUGACAAAAUGACUUUUUCUACUGAUCAUCGUACUGAACUAAUGACUGAAGCUUUAAAAUUUCGUAACAGUUUUUUAGAAAAACCCAAGGAAAUACUAAGGUAUCAUGCAUAUAAACAUCAUUGGUCGGAUGUUAGGUUGCCAAUUAUUUUGGAAGUAACACCAUAUUCUUUAGACCAGUUGGAUCCCGCCACUAAUAUUGUUCUUGCCAGUUAUAAUUUUAAGGAUUUUGAGGGAAUUUGUAUGAUAUCAGACUAUCCAGGUGGUUUUGUUAUUGUUUGUGGAGGUUUCGGAAGAUUACACUUAUUUCAAGCCUCAAAUUUUGAAGAAAUAAAAGUCAAAAUCUUAGAAAAUGCCACUGCAAAUUUAGGAAUCAAUAUUAAAGUUUUAGUAACACCAAUUACCUUACAGGACUUUCAGUGUCAAAGAUUUGGGAAAUACAGCGAUGAUGAGUUUCAAACGUCCGUUUCUGAAUUUCCUGUGUAUAAAAUACAUAAAGCGCGACACCCAGAGCCUGUCAGAAGAACUUUGUGUCUUUCAGAAGCUUGUAUAUUGGAAAGAGACCCACAAACUUACAGUGUUUGUACUCUACAACCUUUAAGCAAUAUUUUUGUACUAGUGCGUGAUAAUGAAAACCCUCAAUUGUUUAGUAUUGAAUAUUUUAAUGGGCAAGUUCGAACAUACACAACUACAGACAGGGAUUCCCUUCUAGCCUCUUUACUGGAUGGGGUGAGAGCCUCCGGUAAUAAAGACGUACACAUCACUAUGGUUCCUACAAGAAGAGGUCGGCGGAUGGGCCCCCUGCAUUUGCCUGUAGAAGAGGAGGCAGAAACAUUGCAUGUGAAGUUUUUGCAGAAUGCUCCUCCUAACCGUACUUUUGCCGAGUGCGUUCAGAGAUUUAACGCUAACGUUCCCUAUAGUGGAUUGUUGUACAGUGUAACGCAAGAUAAACUAUUCUCGGAAAACAAGGAAAAACUGAUAGUGGCCGCCCUUCAAUCCCUUGUGCAAAAAGAGGGCGACCAAAAAACAAUAUCCUCGGUAAAUCUAGAGGCCCAGUUCCAUGCUUUAAGACGAUUGGUCGCCAGCAAAGUGGGAUACGCCGCCUUUAUAAAACUACCAGGUUUUAGAGAAGCUAUAGGCAUAAAAGUUGUAACAGCUCUAAAACGUAACGAUUACGGAGUUACCCAUGCUGCAAUCGAUAUGAUCUGCGCACUAAUGCAUCCCAUGCACGACGACUACGAUUUAAGGCAAGAACAAUUGAACAAAUCAUCUUUAUUGCAAACCAAAACGUUCCUGGAGCAUUUGUUAAACAUGUGGACAACACAUAUAUCUCAAGGCACGGGAGCGCUAGUGGUGUGCGCCAUGUUAGAUUUUUUAACGUUUGCGUUAUGCGUGCCUUAUAGCGAAACUACGGAUGGAAAGCAUUUUGACUUGUUGCUUGAAAUGGUUUCCGAUAGAGGGAGACAGUUAUUCAGAUUAUUUCAGCACCCCUCAAUGGCGAUAGUAAAAGGCGCCGGGCUCGUGAUGCGUGCUUUAAUAGAAGAAGGCGAAUCAGAAGUAGCCGCCCGAAUGCAAAACUUGGCGCUCGCCGAGGGCGCAUUACCACGCCACCUAUUGGCAGCUCUGUACACCACUGGCUUGGACGGCCGCCUACUAACACACAGGCAACUGUCUCGACACCUGAUAGGCCUCUGGAUAACGGGGAACCCCACAGCAAUGGGCCUCUUAAAAAGAAUAAUGCCGACUGGUUUAACUAGUUUUUUGGAUUCUAAGGACGAAAUUCCGGAAUCGGCCAAGGAGCAAGAAUUACUUAACCACAGAGACAACCUAAAAAUAGCUCAAGACGACGCGAACAAAACUAAAAGAAACCCGAAUUGGGUCGCCGUUGAAAGGCAAUUGAAGCUCGUGGAAAAACGAAUGGAGCAUUAUACAAAUCUCGCUAUGCAGCAUUGGGGCGCAAGAAUAGGUAUAACCUUGCAACAAAAACAGGAGAGUAAUAAGGAGAGGCCCAUUGUUUUAAGAAGGAGAAGGGAGAGGAUUAAGGCGGAAGCCAAUUGGUCCUUGUUUUAUUUUCAGUUUAAUCAAGAUCAUGCGCUUCCUAACUUAAUAUGGAACCAUAAGACAAGAGAAGAGCUACGAAGUGCCUUGGAAAACGAAGUUCGGAACUUCGCGUCGGAUCGCGAGCUAGCGGGUUCAGCUCUGGUCGCCUGGAAUCACCAGGAAUUUGAGCUGAACUACCAAUGUCUAGCAGAUGAGGUAAAAAUCGGCGAUUACUACUUAAGAUUGCUUUUGGAAAUGGACGACAACAACAGUGAUUCACCUAUAAGAAAAACGUAUGAGUUUUUUAACGAUUUGUACCACAGAUUUUUACUAAAUCCUAAAAUAGAAAUGAAAUGUAUGUGCUUACAAGCAAUGGCAAUAGUUUAUGGAAGGUAUUUUGAAGAUAUUGGACCUUUUGGUGAUACUAAGUAUAUGAUGGGAAUGUUGGAUAGGUGUUUAGACAAAACCGAACGCGACCGAAUAGUGAUGUUUAUCUACAAACUCAUACUGCACAGACGCAAUGUUAGGGAGAUAAUCGACGUGGGCGGGGUUAAAAUCCUGGUGGAUUUGAUGACGUUGGCACACCUGCACACGUCCCGUGCAAUGAUACCAACACAAACAAAUGUCAUCGAAGCUGGACCUGGCAUGAGCGCCAUACAACAGAAAGAAUGGUACUAUAAUACCGAGGAAGGCAGGCAGGGCCCUGUUAGUUUUCAAGAGAUCAAAGAGUUAUUCCAAAAGAACGUGAUAAACCACAAAACCCGUUGCUGGGCGAUGGCCUUGGACGGGUGGCGCCCUCUCAACCUGCUCCCCCAACUAAAAUGGUGCCUCUUGGCACGUGGCGCCCCCGUCCUGAACGAGAGCGAACUGGCAACCUACGUACUAAACAUCCUCAUAAAAAUGUGCCAGUAUUUUCCGAGCAGAGACUACGAUGACGCCAUCAUACGGCCGUUACCGAAAGUGAAAAGCCUUCUCACAGAUCCGGUGACCUUAUCGCAUAUUGUUCAGCUGUUGUUGACGUUCGAUCCCGUGCUGGUGGAAAAGGUGGCAACGCUGCUUUGCGAGCUUAUGAGAGAUAACCCCGAUAUUUCAAAGCUGUAUCUGACCGGGGUUUUUUACUUUAUACUUAUGUAUACUGGUAGUAAUGUUUUGCCGAUCGCCAGGUUUUUACAGUUGACGCAUAUGAAGCAGGCUUUUAAGUCAGAUGAUAAUACAACCUCAGAUAUAGUCCAAAAAAGCAUACUAGGUAGACUAUUACCAGAAGCUAUGAUUAACUACCUGGAAAACCAUGGUGCUGAAAAGUUUGCCCAAAUUUAUCUGGGCGAAUAUGAUACACCUGAAGCCAUAUGGAACUCUGAAAUGAGGAGGAUGUUAAUAGAGAAAAUUGCAGCACACAUAGCCGAUUUUUCGCCUAGGUUGAGAAGUCAUACCAUGGCAAGGUACCUUUAUAUACCUAUACCAGCUAUUAGGUAUCCACAGUUGGAAAGGGAACUGUUUUGCAAUAUUUUCUAUUUGAGACAUUUAUGUGAUACUAACAAGUUCCCUGAUUGGCCCAUACCAGAUCCAAUUAAGUUAUUAAAAGACGUUUUGGAUGCGUGGAGGUCUGAAGUUGAAAAAAAACCUCCACUAAUGACUGUAGAAGAAGCAUACAAAAAUUUAGGUCUUCAAGGAACUCAUCAUGAAGAAUCUAUAAUUAGAAAAGCGUAUUACAAAUUGGCCCAAAUGUACCAUCCAGAUAAAAAUCCUGACGGAAGGGAGCGUUUCGAGUUGGUGAACCAGGCGUACGAAUUUUUGUGCAGUCGAAGCAGUUGGACCACUGACGGACCAAAUCCACACAAUAUAGUUUUAGUUUUGCAAACGCAAAGUAUAUUAUUCCAUAGGUACUCUGAAGUUUUACAACCUUACAAAUACGCCGGCUACCCUCAAUUAAUAAAGACAAUCAAAAUCGAAACUGCAGACGAACAAUUGUUUUCGAAAAGCGCACCAUUGCUCACUGCUGCUAGUGAGUUAGCAUAUCACACUGUGCACUGUUCUGCGUUGAACGCAGAAGAACUAAGACGAGAAAACGGCCUGGAGGUUUUAUUGGAAGCCUAUACACGUUGUGUAAACGUAGUAAACAAUUCAUCCAAACCUAAUGAAACGAGUGUGCAAGUCAGCAUGCAUAUAACAAGAUGUUUCAGUGUGGCUGCCCAGUUUCCAGGUUGUCGAGAGAAAAUUUUGGAUUUAAAACAGUUAAUUAUAGAUCUCUGCAGAAUACUACACUUUAAGCACUUGACCAAACUGUGCUCUGUUGCCACCGAAUGCGUAUCAGCUCUCUCCAUAGACGGUAUUCUUCAAGUAGAACUACUUAAAGCUGGCGCCCUCUGGCAUUUACUACUUUUCACGUUUAAUUAUGACUUCACUUUGGACGAAGGCGGAGUUGAGCGCAGCGAGGACGCUAACCAACAAGAAGUUAGCAACAGAUUGGCCAAGGAAGCUGUGCGCGCAUGCGCAGCACUGGGCGGGUACGUUCCCGGCGAAAGUCCACCGCCUAGAAACGAUUUAACCAGAAAUAUUUUGAAUUGUUUGCUGACUCCGUAUUUGGCAAACCAGUUGCAGGAUGAGAAACCUGAAGUGAUAUUGAAAACGUUAAACAGCAAUAGUGAAACCCCGUAUCUAGUGUGGGAUAAUGGUACUAGAGCCGAGUUAAUCGAUUUUUUGGAAACCCAGAGAAGUGGUAGGGGCCAUAUAGACUUGGCAAUAAGCAACGAUUUUGCCUAUUCUGCUCACAAAGGCGAAUUAAGAAUAGGCGAAAUAUUUAUAAGAAUCUACAAUGAACAACCAACGUAUCAAAUAGCAGAUCCAAAACUGUUUACAAACGAUCUUCUAACAUUCCUAAACGAAACCUCUGAAUUCCUGCUGAAUCUUGUAAAUGUCGCGUUUUCUGUCUCCAAAGAAGACCGCCUGAAACAUUCAGAGAUGGCGCUGGAAGCGCUAACGAAUGUUAUCAGGAACAACACCGGGGUGGAGAUGCAGUGCAUCGGGCACUUCCAGGUGUUGUUCAAGUUACUAAAUGUCACUCACGCGCCUGUACAGAAAGGAGCGUUAAACGUCGUAUCAGUGGUUACUAGAAAUAACGAAUGUAUCAAUGAUAUAGCUGCAAGUAAUGUAUUGGGGCAUUUGUUGCUUAUCUUGUAUAGCCUCCAGGAUUCGCAACCAAUAAUUUUGGACACUUUAUAUCAACUAAUGUCCACAACGAAAAUCGUGAAGGAAGCGUUAAGCAAAGGAGCUGUAAUCUAUUUAUUGGAUUUGUUCUGUAAUUCCACCAAUCACAGCAUAAGGCAAACGUGCGCGGAAUUACUCGCGCGCAUGAAUAAUGAUAAAUUAGUCGGUCCCAAAGUUAAGUUAGCGUUAGGGGCGUUCCUUCCGCCGAUUUUCGCAGAUGCCAUGCGCGAAUCGCCCGAGACAGCUGUCAGUAUGUUCGAGUCCGCGCAUGAGCACCCCGAGCUGAUUUGGGAUCAAGACGCUAAGGACCGAGUGUGCGCCAGCGUUGCCAGGUUGCGCAGAGAGCAUCAAGCACUGCAAAGCCAAAACCCACAAGCGGUUUGGAAGAUUCCCGAUACGAAUGGAGUGUCGAAUUUGAGCCAACCCAACGAGUUUAUGGUUGGAGGGGUUUAUUUGAGGAUUUUUAUAGCGAAUCCUGGCUGGACGUUGAGAAAACCGAAAGAGUUUUUGUCGGAGUUAAUGGAAACGUGUCUGAAUCUAAUGGCAAAAGACAAAACCAACGUUGAACAAUUGGAAAUUUGCACAACAGCUCUCUGUUCGUUAUUGCAAGUUCAACCUGCCUUAUUGGACUUGAUUCCUUCAAUGGGGCACAUUCCUAGAUUAUGUAGACAGAUGGGGUCAAAUGUUAGACAAAUUGCAAUACCAAAAUCGGCUAUUUGUAUAUUAAAUUCGCUGUCGUUAAGCGGGAUUUGCGUAUCAGCAAUAGCUCAAACUGAGUGCAUGCACCCCCUGAAACAAGCUAUGCAAGUGCGCAAAGACAUGGUUUCAGUGGCGUGCGAAGCCCUACACCGCCUCUUCUCCAACAAUCAGGACCAAUUGGUAAAACAAGCCUUGGAUGUGGAUUUCGUCCACUUCCUCCUUAACCUAUUGGAGGCCAGACUGGAAAUCGACAACAGCGCAAUGACCAAGGCCCAAAUCGUCAAGGCGCUCAAAUCAAUGGGGCGUAGCUUAAUGUACGGCGACAAGGUUAACGCGAUUUUGGAGAAAAGUUUAAUUUGGGCGGAAUAUAAGGAUCAAAAACAUGAUUUGUUUAUUUCCAAUACUCCAAUUGCUGGAUAUUUAACGGCAGGGACGCCCACAAGCGCAGGUUACUUGACCCAAGGCCCCUCUGCCAAAGUCUCAGUGGCUCCGCCCCCGGUCGAUAAAGAAGAUCCCACCCUAAGACACAACGUCAUAUGA